UAUCCGAAAAAUAAAUAAUUUCGGAGGCAAGAUUCUAGGUAUAAAUACGCAUAGUUUGUUCAAGAAGCUUCAGAAACUCACAACAAUGGCGGGAACUGGAAACGAUCCUCAGAAACAACUUCUAAGCAUAAUCCGCAAUUUCGCCACCGAGAAAUCUCAAGGAGAACGAAGAGUGGUUACUCUGAGAAAGCAAAUCGAAACGCUUAAAUCAGAAUUAAGCGAUGCUAAUGAAGAACUAGAGAAAUCGAAACGCUGUAAAGAACUUGUGGAACAGGAACUUAAAGGCUUUGAACUUCAUUUGUUCUUGAGUGAAGCUUCCGUUCAAACCCUAGAGGCGAGGGUGUCUCUAACUCAGAAUGAUAUGUCUGUUGUGGAAUCUGAUUUGGAAACACUCAAGAAUGAAGAAGUGACUUUACGUGAUCAAUUCAUCCACAACAUGCUUGACUUGAAUGCCAAAAUAAGGAAAUUUCAAGAGAGCCUCGUAACUGGCGACAUUGAUGCUGUAGAAUAUGAAGCUUGUAGAGGUUCUUCCAUUCUUCCCACUGUUACAGAUCCGGUGCAAGUAACUUUGAAAGAAAAUGAUGCUGAUGUUGCUCUAGGUGCUCUUGAAAGCAGGCUUUCAGAGAUAAUAUCUCAAACAAGUAAAGAGGAUGAUGAAUUCCAAGCGCAACAGAAAAUUUAUGAGAACGUCCAGUGUGAGCUGAUUGAUUGUGAAAGAAAGGUGUCUUUAAUGAAUAUGAUAGUCACAGAAACAAAAGAAUUGCAAGAUCUCACCAUGUUGUGUUCGAAAUUAGAAGCAACAUACAGUUCACUUGGUGAGGAACUUCAGAACAAAUCCAUGUGCCCUAGAUGUCAUGUGGACAAUCUGCAGGCUUUAACUGCCGCGCUGCAGGCAAAUGAGGGAAACUGAUGUCUUGAACCUUCCAUCCAGGCUAAAAACAAAUACAGACAUGUUUCGUGUUCAAACAGAAAGCAGAAGAAAUUGGGAAUGCCAAAUACUAAUUGCUCUUUCUUGUAUUUGUUUCUCAGUAGAUUUCUUUAACUUUUGACCAAUAUAAUAUGUGUAAAUUUGCGUUUUACAUACAGUAAUAUUUUCUGAGUUGGAUA